AUGGAUACAGCAAUAGACUUAUCCGACGCCUCGAAAGCCUUGGACCUGGCUAACAUUCGUUUUCAAUUGAUUCGGCUGGAAGACACGAUUAUAUUUCAUCUCAUUGAACGGGUACAAUUUCCCCUCAAUGCCACCAUUUAUGAUCCCGGAGCUCUUCCAAUCCCUUCGAGUAAUCUUGCUCUUCCGGCAAACAUUUCUCUUGCCGACUACCUUCUCUCCGAAACCGAACGUCUGCAUUCCCUGGUCCGCCGAUAUGAUGCUCCGGACGAAUACCCUUUCUUCCCUCAAGUCUUACAGCGGCCGAUGCUCCAGCCAAUAAAAUACCCCCAGAUUCUCCACGACAACGACGUCAAUGUGAACGACAUAAUCAAGGAGAGAUACGUCAAAGAGGUCUUACCGGAGGCUUGCCGAAAGUUUGGGCGAGAGGAUCGAGGAGAGACCAAAGAGAACUAUGGAAGUGCGGCAACCUGUGAUGUCGCGUGUUUGCAGGCGUUGAGCAGACGUAUCCAUUUUGGAAAGUUUGUGGCUGAAAGCAAGUUUCAAGCAGAGACCGAGAGAUUCGUCAAGCUCAUCAAGGCUGAGGAUCGUGAGGGAAUCGAUGCCUCCAUCACCAAUGCGAAAGUUGAGCAGCAGGUUCUUGACAGACUGCGACUGAAAGCCAAAACAUAUGGCAAAGACCCUUCUGUUACAACCAAUGGGGUUGGCGGAGAAGAGAAGAUCAAUGUCGAGGCUGUGGUGAAAAUGUAUGCUCAGGUGGUCAUUCCCUUGACCAAGGUCGUCGAGGUAGAAUAUCUUAUGCAAAGGCUCAAGGGGACUAAAUGGGAGUGA